AUGACUGACGCAGAGCAGCUGUUGGAGAGGCUGAGUGCCUUGGCUCCUGGAGGUUCAAGCUUGGAACCGGUUCUGAGAGAAUUUCACCACGGGGAGUUUCAGCUCGUGGUGCAACAGUUCGUUGCUGACAGGGCUCCCUUUUUCACAGUGACCUGUCAAGAUGGCUCACAUCCACUGGUAUGGACGCAGUAUCACCAGGAGUACAAGGAAUUGUUCGAAGCGCAUUUGCAUAAUGUCCUUCAUUCCAUGGAAAUCGAUGCCGCCGAAUUCGCAUCCUUCUGUGAUUGGCUUCGUGUCAAUGCCGAGAUCUUCGAGGAUGACACGGAAGGCUUGUACCCGUUCCUGGCAGCCAUCACAGCCUCGCUGGACUACGGCGCUUUCCUCCAGACUUGCUUUGCCGAAGUUCGUCGACAGAACUGCUCAGAGACAGAAACAUCGUCGCAGGAUUUGGACAUACAGAUACCGGAAGGCAUGACUCCUGGUCAGUCUCUCGUGGUCGAGUACCUUGGUGCACGAUACGAAGUUGCUAUACCCGAAGGGUACGAGCCCGGAAUGGUAUUUCGGACUUGUGUUGCUCCUUCGUAA